GCCGUGUGAUCCUGCUCGGGGAGAGCUGGGGAAGUUAAUAUAGCGCUAAGUGUAUUCACAUGUAAGUGAAAGGCACGACUCGUAGAAGAAACGUAGAAGUGGACUGGCACGAAGGUACACUAUGGUACCUGAACAGAUGUCGCCUUGAUAGUCAAGACACUUUGGCUUAGACUGUGAACACGGCGCGUCCAAUGGGUAAGAUGAUCCUCUCCUUCCGUGGAGAGCAGCGCACCCAGGUCACUUUCCGGGCGCUUUCGAAGCCUUUUCAAAGCGCAGAGGAAAAAAUGCAUCCCCUUCAGAGCCAAUCAAUAGCCGCCUGCUCGUGGUGCUGGUCAGAAACGAGGUGAGGCUCUUAUUUAGUCUCCGAAGCGCCAUGUCACUAUCCUCGGACGUGUACCGAUUUGAGAGGAGACUCGCGGCUCUGAGUUCGCAUCGAUGCGGACGGGAUGGACCAAAUAGACUGGAACCAUCUGCAUCAAGGACA